AUCUUGCAAGUUGAUAUCACAUGUGAGUGACGUCUGAUCACGUGAUCGUUUCUAUAAUCCCGCUUCAAAAGAAACUAGAAUCUGUAAAAUGUUUCACUGUGCUUCUUCACACAUAGCUUCCUCUUAAAGUUACUGAUGUAUGUUGUCCACUCAAGGUUACCGAUUAAUAAUGUUAAUUAAUUAAUGAAUGUAGAACUACCGUGUUAAUUCAGCAAUGCUUCCUGCCACUGCGGUUUAUCACUUUCCUUGGGAACUUAAACCAAGUGCCAUUGCAGAAGGAACAUCUGUACGUACGUUUGGAAGGUUGACCUGUUACCGACCAGAGGACUCAACGGCCAUUCUGUCCUCACAUCACGCCUCUAUAAAGUACCAAGUCAGCGUUCAAACGUCAUGUGUUGAGCCGUUCAACCCCUUAUGUGGAGCUCUGUAUAUUGUCUUGGGAGAGAUUGAAAACACAGAAGAGGGAAGCGGUGUGAUGCUGCGAGCCAGAGUGAUGAACUGUGUGGAUGGGGUGGACUUAGCCCUGUUGCAGAAAGCCAUCAACGAGCAAAGAAGCUUCUUCCAAAAGAGUGAGGAUAACAAGGGAAGCACUUCAGGUUGACACGGACUGAAACUACAAAUAAUAAUGCACAAACAGACAAACACCUACAUGACUGGAUGAAAUGGCGAAUGUGAGACUUGUAACAGGGUUUUUGUAGCACAUUAAACUGUACCUAAGGCUCA